AUGGACGAAUCAGAGAAUGAACACUUGGUAUCCGGAGAAAAUUCAGAAGAGAGUUUGGAUUUAUUUAUUCCAAGACCGAGAAGGCGGCAACUAAAUGUGAUUAAUGAUUCAGAUGAUUUCCAGCCGACUGCUUAUGAUGAUCUACUCGAUACAGAACCCUUAGUUUCAGAAGAAAAUGAAACACAGCAUGCAGAACAAGUAGUAUCUGAAGAAAAUGAACAUCUAGAUUCCAACGACAGCUUGGAUUCAUUUAUUGUAAGACCAAGAAGGCAACUAGUUGUAAUUGAUGAUUCAGAUGAUUGGCUGCCGAUUGCUUAUGAUGAUCUACCCGAUACAGAACCCUUAGUUUCAGAAGAAAAUGAAACACAGCAUGCAGAACAAGUAGUAUCUGAAGAAAAUGAACAUCUAGAUUCCAACGACAGCUUGGAUUCAUUUAUUGUAAGACCAAGAAGGCAACUAGUUGUAAUUGAUGAUUCAGAUGAUUCGCUGCCGAUUGCUUAUGAUGAUCCACCCAAUACGGAACCCUUAGUGUCAGAAGAAAAUGAAACACAUCAUGAAGAACAAGCUAAUUGUAAGAUAAUAUUGUAAUUUAAAUUAUUAUAUUUCAAAUAAAUAUGUUUCACACAUUUU